GGCUGAGAGGCGCAGUGCAGCGACACACGCACGAAUACAACGACGCGCGAAGCGCUGCAGUAGUGCAAGAGUAGCGAGUACACAAAUUGCUCCAGUCCUUCUGUUGCUGGACGAGAAGUAGCGGUAAAACACGUCUGAGAGCAGUGAGUGCAACCAGCCCAAAGGACCACAACCCCGCGUGAAACCGGCCAUCAGUGGAACCGACGAGCACACGUGCGCGCGCAUCAAACACCGCUAAAGAAAUGGCUGCACUAACCACAAGGGUGCCAUGCAACAUCCUCACCGGCCCGCUGGGCGCCGGCAAGUCCACGGCCAUCCUCAAGCUCCUGCAGACGCGCGGCGACGGCAACUGGGCCGUGCUAGUGAAUGAGAUGGGCGACGUGGGCAUAGACGGCGUCAUCGCCGGGAGCGGCGGCGCCGCCACGGCCGAAGUAAGUGGAGGCUGCAUUUGUUGCGCGAACGGUGUGGCCGUGCGCGUCGCGUUGACGCGACUGCUGAAGAAGCGCCCGACGCGUUUAUUGAUCGAGCCUUCUGGUUUAGGCCACGUCGCGGAGCUGAGCGAACACCUCCAGAAGGAGCCUUUGUCGAACGCGUUGGAGCUAAGGGCCGUGGCCUGCGUCGUGCCGUGCGACCGCCAUUCGCUGUUGUGGGCCGAGGCGCCGCUUUAUAGAGAUAUGGUCCACGCCUCGGACCUGUUGAUCCUGAACCGGCGGGACGUCGAUGCAGGCAUGACGUCUGAUGUUGAUAAUUGGGCCCGGGAGCUGUAUCCGCCAAAAACCAUACUUCUGGCCGACCGCGGCGCGUGUUCCACAGAUUGGGUCGACGCGCCGCGCGACGCUAUUACGAUAGAACAGGAGCACGCGCCCGGCGCCGAGGAGGACGACGAAUAUCGGCCGAAGCGUACCUUCACGCACAUCGACGGCUCGAAGCGCACCGAGUCACACGGCGGCGGCAAGGCUUAUGUGGGUGUGAUCUUCGGGAAGCUGGGCGCGCCCUUCGAGGCGGAUCGGCUCGAGAGCGCGUGCGCGACGGCGUGUGCGUUCGACGGCGCGGAGCGGUUCAAGGGCGUCUUCUAUGUCAGGACGCGGGGCUGGGUCCUCGUGCAGUGGGUGCGCAACGGCGGGCCCGCGGACACGCAGAUCCUGUCGCGGGCGGCGGACUCGCGCUUCCAGCUGAUUCUUUGUGGGGACGAGCCGGCGCCCGUCGCGGUCGCGGCUCUUGAGUCCGCUUUUAUGGGGGCCCGAGGAAAGGUGUAGUGUAACGGUA